CGCGGAAAUAAAAUCAUAUAAAAAAUCAACGUGUUUGUGUAUAUGUUCAGUAAGGUAUAUUAAUGUAUGCAGUACGUCGACAUGGGACAUAUAAUUCUUAUUGCACUUUCCGUUCUGUCAUCCACAGUUGGUCAAGAAACCAGUUGUUGUGGCAAAAUAGGACAAGCAAAGUCAACUGUAGAAGAUGCAAUUACCAUACUGCAGAGGGCCAACAGCCUGCUUGGUGACACUUAUUCUCCAAUUUCGUCAACUGAAGUAGCCUUUCAUGCCAGAUUGAAACCGUAUGUCACCCUUGGUUCUUCACAGACUGUUGUUUUUGAUAAGGUGAUUACAAAUAUUGGUCAAGCAUAUAACCCACAUACGGGUCAUUUCACAGCACCCAACGAUGGAAUUUAUUUCUUUGCCUGCACAUUUCUCAGACCACACACUGCAACUCAAUUACAUCUUCAAAUGGUUCAAAACAGCACCGAAAUAUCACGUGGACAUGCAGCAACAGGUGGAGGAUCGCAGGCUGGGUCGAUGAAUGCAGUUGUAUAUAUGCACACAGGAGAUGUUGUGAAUGUGCGUCAUUACCCUGGAGUUGGAUCGGAAAUAAUACAUGGCGAUUGGAGCUUUUUUACGGGUUACCGUAUUUAAUAUUUUACUACAUGUAUUAAAGCUUCAAACAGCAA